CAUAGCAACACUGUUUCAUUACCUGCGGAUGCCUAGACGAGCUAGCAUGAAUCCAAAUAAACCGGAGCUCAUUUUAUCGCGUACAAUUUCAGCUAAAAUGUGUUAUCGCUUUAGUGAAUAAAUUAUAAGGUUUAAAUUUCAUUCUAAUGGCUGAAAAGAGGCGGUCUGGGGUGACCGCGGACCCCAAAUCAGCCAAAGCUGAGAGCGAUGAGGAGUUUCUGUCUCAGGCCGGAGUGGGCGCGCUGCUCCGGGCCGCGCUGCUGAAACUGGUGGAGGCCCGACCGGAAGAUCCGAUAGGAUUUCUGGCUGAGCAUUUCACUAACGAGGCGUCGGAGACGGAGAGCGGUGGUGGAGGUGAUGGAGGAGAUGGUGAUGGAGGAAGAGAUGGAGAAGGGAAAUAUCAGGACGCGCUGGAGGAGCAGCAGCUGAACAAGGCGCUCUGGCAUCUGAGCUUAGCGCAUCACUCACAGAGAUCUGCCUUUAACAACAACAUCCGCGUGGCUUAUGAUCUGCUUAGCGAAUGUGGCGCCGUCCGGCACGCACCUGGUGGAGUCCAGGGCCGACUCUACACCGAGAUGCUGCGGUGUGUGUGUGGAGACAGCGGCCUGUCCGAGACGACGGCAGCCCCUCUCCUGCAUCGACUGCAGUGCCAUGAUUACGAGGCUGUUCCUUUUGAGCUCUUCCGGCAGGCGGUGAUGACGUGUGCAGCGUUCUCCGAUUACCUCCACAGAGCACGUUGCCUGUAUGCUGCUGUGGCGUGCAGUCCUGAUCGGCAUGCAGAGCGGGAAUUAUGUGAAACGGUGCUCAACGCUCUGCGAGAGGCGCUGGACACCUCGCAUGGGUCUGACGCCACACGUUACCUAGAGGCCAGUGCUAAGAUCUCACCUGCUGAGCUAGCACGGGCCAUGGCUAAGACACAAGGUGCCAGCAGGGAACAGGAAGGGCCGAGCAUGGACAUGCGUGAGUUUGAGGACGCUGCCGCAGCACUCUUUAUAGCCAGGGUGCGAGUGAUAAACUGAUAAACACAUAUGUUAUUAGGAUUGUUAGGACUAAAGUGCAUUUGGAUUGAAUGUUGUGACUCCAUGUCUCCAUGUUCUGUUCUUAAAAACAGUAUUCACUCUGUGUGCUAUAUCUACGCACACAUUUAACCUUUCUCAGCUCCCUGUAAGGCAAACACUCAUCACAUCAACAUAUUUAUUGAUGAGUAAGGUAGAGGAAAAUGGCCAGACAGGUUUGAGCUGACAGGAAGGCUACGAUAAAUCACUCUAUAACUACUCUUUAUAACCACAGGUAGCAGUCAAGAACCCACAUGUCGAACUUAGAAGAACAAAAUCGGUUCCACUUCUGUCAACUACGAUCAGGAAUCUGAGACUUUUAAACAGUGGCUAAAACUGGACCUAAUGAAAAAAAUAAAAUAAAAUAAAUGCUGUAUGGUCUUCUAGUUAUUGUAGCCUUCGUUUUAUCUGAAGCCAGUUUAUCUAUUCUCCUCUGACCUCUCUAUCAUCAAACCCCCUGGAUAUUUUUUUUGUUUAAGAGAAAAUGAAUCAUCUUCUAUCCAUUUCUAUACAACGCUCAACAACACAGCAUUGUUACAGCAAUAAGCAUGAUACUUUAUUAAUUACCCUUAAUCCUAAAUGAUUUUAACUUGGCUGAAUUAUUCUAUAAAUCUGCAACUGCUAACUCCAGCAUGUUAUUUUAACCGAGUGUUGUUACUUCUUUCACCCAGCAGAAGGAACACAAGAUAACUUUUCAUACCCAAACCUUUGCUGCUUUAGUUCCAAAUUUGGAUCCUGUUCUUGAUAAUGAAUAGAAACUUGAUUGAUAGAAGUUUGAUUUGAGCAAAUUACGCAAGCAGAUGUGAUUAUGAAACAUUUCUUCAGUAGGUGAUUCAUUUAUUUAUUUUGUACCCGUGUUCAUUUUGCUAAUGCAUCGAUAACAUUUUUAUGUUAUUAGUUCCUUUUCAAUAAAAGACACAAAGGCUUGAAAGACUUUCGAAUCUUACUUUGACUAUAGCUUCAGUUUUAGUUCUUCUUACAUGCUCACACUCCAGCUUAAUAACGAGCUAUUACAGUCUUACCGUAUCAGCCUAUAAUUAAAUAUGUAUGUACAUAGAAUAUAUUCACAUUCACUACAUUAUCUCUAAACAGUUAUGUACAAGUGUGUUGAAACGAGAACACUGAUAGCGAUUCUCACGUCCUAUUUACCUUCUGUUGGAAUUUUCCCAUAGAAAUUACACUAAAUGAAUUUAGCUAUUGAUUUUGCAGUAUCUCUAAUGGGAACUAUAAUUUAGGGAAGCUGAUCCAGAUCCGCCUUUUAAGAGCUAUUUUUGGCUGUGCCUUUAGCCAUUAGUUAAUGUGUUGCUAAGGUUAUCAGUACUGCUCUUAUAAUAGAGCGACCCAGAGAGAAGAAGCAAUCGCUCUGGCUACAGCGCACCAAAUUUAUGUGCACUAAAUAAAACUUUCUCUUAAGAGGCACAACAGAAACAGAAACCAGAGAAUCCCUUUAUUUGGCUCCCUCUGUAUCACAAGCGCAGUCAUGUGCAGCCUCCACAGACAACAGACAGGAAGUGAGAAGGAGAAGCGGGAUGCACUACUGCACACGUUAUCAAACCUAAUGAGGAUCCGUGUGUAAAUAAUUCAGCAGGGUGUUUGUUACCAGAUCAUCCUCACCGCCCUGGCACAAAGGCCAAACUGCCGGGUUCGUGUCGAUGCGGAUUUUUCCAUUGGAAUGACAAUGUCUUCUGGACCCUGUCACAAGCACGUCUCUCCCAUCUGCUCAUGCUCUGUGAUACAGGGCUUCACAACCGCAGUGCUGCACUGAUCCAUCGAUCUGCCGUAUGGUCUGCUAGAGCUUCAUGCUUUUAUUAAGCAAAAACAACACAUGAUCAGAAAGAGUUUAGAGUUUAGAAGCAACUUUAUAGGAAUAAUCCUUUUAAAGAUGUACAGACAGGGUAUUUUUGAGUUAAUGAA